GACGCGGUCUCGUCCCGUCCCGUGUUUUGCAGACGCGCCUCAACUUCCGACGUCCGACCUCCAUCUCUCCACCUCCGUCCUCCACCACCAACAGUACACCUACCCGAGAACCCGCCCGUCGUCUACCCUCUCAGUAACCCCGAUUACCUGCCUGUUUCUCGGAGCUGAUCGCAUGUGCUCAGCGCAAGCUCGCGCAGCCCGACGAUGAAGCCCAUCAUCACCACCCAGGGCAAGCUUGCCCAGCUCCGCUAUGAGCCUUCCCACCGAGCUCACGACGCGCAUGUCUACCCAGUGAAAGCUCCGAAUGGUUCAUCGAUAGUACUGUAUGCGCAAGAAACGGGAGUCGGGAUUAUCUGGAGAGGUGGACGGCCAUUGAAGGAAUCUCCAGCAGCGCCGCCAAAGCAACCCGCAAAACCGCCCACAAAAGUCAAUGGGACGUCAAACGAUGCUAUCAUGAUAAUAGACUCGGACGAUGAGGCAACGCCUUCGAAGCCCACUCCGCUACCACAGGCAGACUUCGAGGAUGAAGAGGAGGAGCUUGACCCAGACCAGCCAUAUCCCCCGAUCGUCCAGCAUCUUCAUCUAGUCCUCAACGCUGAAGUUUGCCACAUUGCGAUCCCUAAUGUACCAGUGGUCUCAGCUCUGCGCUCACCGGGAACCGUGCCGCCCAUCUUCAACAGCAAGAUUGUUUUUAGUGUCGCAUGCGCCGACUACAGUAUCCGCAUCGUCACGUUGCCUUUGAGUCCUCCUCCCAAGGUCGCCAAAGAGACAUCACAAUAUGGUGAAGAAGUCACUAGAAUACCAACACAUGCGGCACAUCAGAGCAUUCCGCGAGGGAUUACCAUGACAUGGACAGCCCGCGGGGAACCCACGUUCGAUGAGCCAUCCGACAACAGGAUGGAAAUAGAUGAUGACGAGACUCCUAGGAAGCCGGAUGUUGAUAGCUCCAAGGGAUGGGAUCUGCUUAUUGCAUCCCAUUCCACGGAACUUGGUGGCCUACUCAAAAUAUUCCGUUUUGGUCUAUCCGAGACGGGAGUGACUGCGAAGGCUCCCAUCUCGGCUUAUCAAACCCUCCAUCUUCGGUCACCAGCAACCAGAAUAUCAUUCAAUUCGGCCCUGUACCCGAAAGUCCGCCACUCGCAACUCCUCAUUACUGAUAUCUCUGGUAUUGUGCGCAUCUACGACCCCUUCGCACCAACCAGCGACAGUCGAAGGCCGAGUAUGGAUUCGCAGGCCGGGGCAUACGUGGCACUCUUUAGGGCCCCCUUCGCACCUCUGACAAAUUCAAACAUGCCACCUAUUCUGGCCCCGCGCAAGCGUAUCCUCGAUGCUGCAUGGACUUCGGAUGGAAAUAGCAUAUUCGCGUUGCUUGCUGACGGCGAAUGGGGUAUCUGGGACGUUACUCGGGCAGGGCCAAGUCGUCCCUCAGAUCCUUCCGCAUUCUCCAUUCGGGGCUAUAUCGGAACGUCCGAAGAACGAGCAAGCAGCAGCGGGCCCAGCACUAAGGCUCGAAGUGGUCGUGGCAGUUUGGCACCCAUGACGCCGAACACUCGUCGAAUCAAGGAGGAAAAGCUAUUUCACGGCACGCCAUCUGGUCCUUCGGUACCGAGUCGCGGAGCAGUCUGUGUUGCAUCGCUCCCUUCUGCGGACGGAAGUGCCCCUGAAGAGUCUGUUGUCAUAUGGUAUGGCUCAGACGUAUACAGAAUCCCCAAUCUCGCACAAUUCUGGGAGCGCACUGCUUCUGCGAACGCCGGCAAUUCCCUCGGCCGACCGAGUCCCUCUCAACUUCAAGGACCGAACUUGUUCGGUGAAGCUAUCAAUUCUGUGGCCCAGUUCGAGACUACGAUGCGGAAUUCGAGGAUGGCGAUCCCUAGAGAUAUCCUUCUUUCUACUGCUGAUCGGCUGAUCGUCGUGACCACUGCGGCGGAGCCACUUGACCGAAACCUGGAUGCCGGAUUGGGAAAAGAAGGGACUGAAGAGGAGGAGACACGGCGGGCUGAUCGAGCACUCUUAGCCCGGGGGGAACUUGACCUGGGUGGAAUGGACAGAUUAUUGGAAGAUAUGGAAGGCAGUGGAACUGGCUCACAGAGCCUUCUAGCCGGCAAUCCUCGAAGGGUCCUUUUCGCAUCGACUUCCUGAUGGGGCUGGAGGGUGCUCUCUGGCCCUUGUGCUAACAGGCCUAUAGUGACUGGACCGACUCUUUUGCGGAGGGAAAGAUGCAAUGCUGCCUUAUAUUGUACGACUAAUGAGGAUGUUCAUAUACCCAGGACAUGCGGGCCUUAAAUGGGACGGAAAAAGAAUAUCGCUGAAAGGCAAUCGCCACUAUACCCCCUUUCCGUGCACCUUCUUCACGAUGGCUCUCCUGAACAUCAUUUGCAGACCCUACUAUUUCCCUCCAAACAUUCGCGGCCACAGGUGGAGCUCAGAGACAAGACCCUUUCCUGCUGCUCAGUAUAGCCCGCGAUAGAAUAA